AUGCCUAGAGCAAAUGAUUCGGAGACUAUCAGGAUUCUCAUAUCCACCGACAAUCAUGUUGGAUACAAUGAGCGUGAUCCUAUUCGCGGGGACGACAGCUGGAAGAGCUUCCAUGAAAUCAUGUGCCUAGCCAAGGAACGUGAUGUCGACAUGGUGUUACUAGCAGGAGAUCUGUUCCAUGAGAAUAAGCCUUCGCGGAAAUCCAUGUACCAAGUGAUGAGGUCCAUUCGAAUGAAUUGCUUCGGAGACAAACCAUGCGAGCUGGAAAUGCUCAGUGAUGCAAGCGAGAACUUCCAGGGCGCAUUCAACCAUGUCAAUUAUGAGGACUUGGACAUGAAUGUCGCAAUUCCGAUCUUUUCAAUCCAUGGCAACCAUGAUGAUCCUUCUGGUGAGGGUCAUCUCGCUGCACUCGAUUUACUUCAGGUAUCGGGUCUUCUCAACUACUAUGGCCGCACUCCAGAGUCAGACAACAUCCAAAUUAAACCUGUUCUGUUGCAAAAGGGUCGGACAAAGCUCGCGCUAUAUGGUAUGAGCAACGUGCGUGACGAGCGACUGUACCGCACUUUCCGGGACGGGAAGGUCAAAUUCUUCCAACCGUCUAUCCAGAAGUCCGAUUGGUUCAACUUAAUGUCUGUACAUCAGAACCACCAUGCGCAUACAGAAACCAGCUACUUGCCAGAAAACUUCUUGCCCGAGUUCCUGGACUUGGUCGUCUGGGGCCACGAACAUGAAUGUUUGAUCGACCCCAAGCUCAACCCGGAAACAAAGUUCCACGUCAUGCAACCAGGAUCAUCUGUUGCUACGUCUUUGGUCCCUGGAGAAGCUGUGGCGAAGCAGGUCUCAAUCCUGAGUGUAACUGGCCGAGAGUUCAAAAACGAGCCUAUCCGCCUGAAGACCGUUCGACCAUUUGUCAUGCGUGAGAUCGUUCUCGCUGAAGAAAAAGGAGCGCAAAAGCUUGCCCGUAAGGACAACAAUCGGACAGAAGUUACUCGGUUCCUCAUGACUAUUGUUGAGGAAUUGAUCGAAGAGGCCAAUGCGGAAUGGCUGGAGAUGCAGGGCGAGCUCAAUGAAAACCCCGACGACCCGCCUGAGGUGCCUCUACCGCUUGUGCGACUCCGCGUGGAAAUUUCCACUCCAGAGGGAGGCGCCUUUGAGUGCGAAAACCCCCAACGAUUCUCCAAUCGGUUCGUUGGGAAGGUCGCUAACGUGAACGACGUGGUGCAAUUCCACCGCAAGAAAAAGGGGGCAAGCACAAGGGCAGAUGCUACAUCGAUCGAUGAAGAUGCCGCGGUUUCUCAUCUGUCAGCUCUGGACACAGUGAAAGUGGAACAGCUCGUGCGAGAGUUCCUGUCAUCGCAGUCCCUUAGCAUCUUACCCCAGAACUCCUUUGGUGAUGCUGUUGCACAAUUUAUUGACAAGGAUGACAAACACGCGAUGGAAAUGUUCGUCAACGAAUCUCUUGAGAAUCAAGUCAAACAUUUGUUGUCAUUAGAUCGAGACGACGAUGAGAUGGACGAAGAUGGGGGAGAACAAAGCUCUUUGGUCAAUGCCAUGGAAAAGUACCGUGGUCAAAUGGAGACUAUGUUCUCCAAGGGUAUCAAAAAGCGAAACCGAGGAAAAAAGCGCUUCAAGCCCAAGCCAGAUGGCUGGGACUCCGAAUUCGAUGGAGCAUGGGAAGACCAGCCUGGUGCGUUGAUCCACUCUGACAAUGAGGGCGGAGAUAGAGCCGAGGAAGAAGCUGCGGAAGACGGAACGUCGCCAGCUGAUGGUCGUGCCGCACCCGCUCCUCGAGGUCGAGGCAGGGGCAGGGGUAGGGGCCGUGGUGCCGCGACCAGUGCGCGUACUACCAAGGCCAAGGCUGCACCAGAAAAGAAGACUACAAAAGGUCGCAAGAAACAGGCCGUCUCAGAUGAAGAAUCGGACGACGUGAUCAUGCUGGAGGACGAUGACAACGACGAUGCCGGGGCCCAUGUGAUCUCAGAUGAUGAUGACGAUGACGAUUCACAAGCAUUGUUUGUCAAGCAGCCUCGUGCUUCUGCUGCUGCCAAAUCACGCAAAGCUGCCCCCGCUGCAACUACAACGACUCAGCGCCGUGGACGAGCUGCCGCCUCGCCGGCUCCUUCGUCGGCCACUGUUGGGGGGACAGCUCCACGCCGAGCUGCUGCCCGAGGUGGUAAAUCUCAAUCGACCCUGAACUUCGCUGGCUCACAAGCCAGUGCUUCUCAAACAUCGCGGCCUAGCCGCUCCAAUCGGAACACAAGCAUCAUCAGCGAUGGCGUUGAUGACGAUGAUUCUGAUGAUGAUGCCUUCGAGGAGAUGCCGAGUACCAACUCGAGACGCCGCAGAUGA